AUGAUAAAGUUCUCACUCUGCCUGUGCAUCAGUCAGUCUGUAGUCCUCUUCAGGGAGCUUUCAUUAGGGAACAAUGCAGGGAAGCACAGCCCUCCAGGGUCCUGCAGGGAGGCUGCAGAGAUAAAGCAAGUAACCUUGCACAAGAGGUCUGAGAAGGGGAAACAACACAGCAAGAAGGAUGGAGUUCUAACUGCUCAGCUGGUCUCCGGUCGGGUGGCCAACCUUGGACGCGUUGGCACUGGGCUGCGAUAUUUGUACCAUUACCUGUGUCUGCCUAGUCAGGAUCUCAGUGACAUCUCUGUUUUAUGCAAUUAUGUCCAUCUUCAAAAGCUGGAACUGCCACACAACAAAAUCAAAGAUUUAUCCUGUGUGAGCCACAUGCCCUACCUCGUCAUCCUGGAUGCUUCGCACAAUGAAAUCUCCAGCUUCUUUGGAUUCCAGCCACCGAAGAACCUAAAAGAGGUUAAUUUCUCCCACAACCGUAUGACAAAAAUGAAGGACUUGUCAGCUUUUUCAUCUCUUAGUAAUUUGGAUCUGGGCUACAACAGUCUCAGUGAGAUCAGUGGUCUUGAGCAAUGUUGCAAGCUCACCAGUCUCAGCCUGGCACACAACAAGAUCUCCAGGAUCAGCGGCCUGGACGGACUGCCUCUCGCACGCCUCUGCCUUAGGGGGAACCAGCUGGAGAGGAUUGAAGGGCUGGAUGAUCUGAAGUCUCUGCAGGUUCUCGACUUGUCUCUGAACCGCAUCAGCAGUCUCUCCGGCCUCCACAAUCUACACCUACUGGGCGCUAUCAAUCUGGAGAACAACCUGAUCAGUGAAAUCCAGGAGUGCAAACAUGUUCAUGAUCUUUUCCUGUUGAGGGACCUCAACCUGCUGGGAAACCCUGUACAGGAGCAACCCGAUUACAGAUUGGCAGUCAUCUUCCUCCUUCAACACCUGACUCUGCUGGACCAAGAGAAAGUCACUGCUGAAGAGAAGGUGUCAUCAGUAAACAAGUAUGACCCUCCUUUGGAUGUGGUGGCAGCCAGGGAUCACAUGACCCACCUGGUGUAUCAUCUGAUGCAGCCUCAGGUGCUCUAUGACAGCAGUACUAUGCCCAGUGCAGACUCUCCAUAUCCUCUGCUGGUUCUGACCGGUCCUCAGGGCUGCGGAAAGAGAGAUCUGGCUCACAGACUGUGUCAGGAGUUGAGCGAAUACUUUGCCUACGGAACCUGUCACACCACUAGGGAGCCACACUUCAGAGAGGAGAAUGGAGUUGAUUACCAUUUUGUCAAUGAGGAGGACUUUCAGAACAUGAUUCACACGGGUAAAUUUAUCCAGACCAUGCAGUACGGGGGGCACAGCUACGGUCUGACCAGAGAUGCCAUAGAGGAUGUAGCCAAAGAAGGACUAGCCUGCUGUGUGCAUAUGGAGCUAGAGGGUGUGCUCAGUCUGAAGAACAGCUACUUUGAGCCUCGAUACAUCCUGCUCAUCCCCACCAAGGUGGAGAGAUACGUGGGCCACCUGAAAAGCCGUGGUCGCUAUACCCCAGCACAGAUCGACACGGCGAUGUCACGUGUAGAGCUCUACGCCAACACCAACCGCCAGCGACUGGGAUUCUUCGAUGACGUUAUCCCCUGUGAUGACUGGGAGAUAGCCUAUCACACACUGAGGCAGAUAGUGAAGGAGUACCUGUUGGUAGAGGAGCAGGAAGAAGGAGAAGACAACAACAGAGGAUCCCCUGACAACACCCCCACUGGUGACGCACCACAGGAGAAGCCACUGUCACCACCCCGGUCCAGAGCAGGAACACUCACGUCACACUCUGCCCCAGCUCUUGACCCCUCAGAUCUGUACUACAGAAACUACUACAACAAGAUCCAGGCAGAGCUCAGCCCUCAGAAGAGCGCCACUGAGCUAGCCUCCAUCAGGAGGCGUGAGCAGCUGGUAAGAGAGGCCAUUGUGGGGAAGAGUCCAGGGAUCUACAGCCAGCUCUUCAAAAGCUCUCCCCAAACAGCACCACCAUCACUGCAGAAUCCUGACACCCAUUUAAGUGAGGACAGCAGCUCCGAUGAGUCUCGUGCCAGUUCAGCGUUGACUGUGCCCAGUUCAGCCGGAGGCUUUUCUGCUUCAGUGCAGCCGCUAGAUAUGUCUGUCCUGGGACACACCUUGGAAACACUCAAAGGCGAAACUCCUGAAGCCCCGCCUCCAGGCACAGACCUGCGAGCUGUGGUCGUGUCUCCCUCCUCUGAGAGACGUCCUGGAUCCGACGUGAAGCCCAUCCUGCCUCCGAUCCCCUCUGGGCGCAAGACCCCCGCAUCACCCAGCCCAGCACCUUCACCCAGACCCGGCCAGAACACAGAAGUCAAAGAGGGAGAUGUAGACAGGGAGAUGUAGCUACAUAUAGCUUAGAAAAUUAGAUGAAGACAAUCAGUCAGUAAAAGUACAUUUCUUUAAAUAUGAGCUUA